AUGCCCGGCCCUAAACGAAUUAUCUUCGACCCCGACGGGGAUGUGCUUCUUCGUUUUUCUUGCCCAUUAGCGCCUAUAGCACCGAAAGAUUAUCUGUGCCGCGACUCCGGAUCCGAGAAACUCGCGGUGGCCAAAGUCACCAACAAGCCCCAGGAUAUCGCAAAAGUCACACCAAGAAAGGUGGAAAUGUUGGUGUCAUCCAAGCAUCUGGCUCUGGUUUCCCCCGUGUUCAAGGCUAUGUUCAGGCCCGGAUUCAAAGAGGGACAUGAGCUCAGUACUACCGGGAAAUUGAAUUUGCCUCUGGAUGAUGACGACCCUACCGCGUGGGAAGUGAUACUCAACAUUAUUCAUUGCCGUUUGGAAUAUGUCCCGUGCCGUGUAGGUCUCGUGUUUAUGAUUUCUAUGUCCGUCCUUGCCGACAAGUAUCAAAUGGUAGCCGCUCUUAGGUAUCACGCCAAAAUUUGGAUAGAUAAGGGGGUGAAACUGAUUCCGACUCCUUACGAUCCGAACUUUGUUCUCCCUUGGAUGGCAAUAGGCUGGGUGUUCAAACACAAAGAGGCAUUUUACACUGCCCUCCACACAGCACGGCGAACCUCGACUCACGAAAUAAUAAAUCUGGCUACAACUCGACGGUUGCCCAUACCUUCUGCCGUGAUCGAACAUAUCAAUUCGGACCGCCAACGUGCGAUUGAAAAUGCAAUUCAACUCAUAAAUUACGAAAUAAAAAGGGUCCAAGCCACACCGAAUUGCAGGAACUACGUUGGAGCCUUUUCCAAGAAGAAGAUGAUGGCCUGUGAUUCUAUGGUGAUUAGAAGUCUCUUGGGCAGUGCGUCGAAACUAGGCUUAUGGCCACCUUCAGUCGCGAGGUCGAAUUUCGGGGACUCGAGCUUCCAGUCUACCGCAGCUGCUAUUAGACGCGUAACAAUCCACACGCUGUGCGACGAUAUAUUUGGUGUUCGUGGGCCGCUCGAGGUGAACGUCGAGACCAGGCACUUUACCAAGGAGCUUCUUGACCAACAACUUGCGAAAAUCGAGUCCAGAAUGGACCGCUACUCGCUUCAAGAUCUUCCCCUAUAA